AUGGGGAAUACACCAAAGAAACAACAGCUAGAUGACUACCUCAAAGCUGGACGUUCUUAUAGACAAAGCCAUCAGUUUAAACUGGCAAUUGAAAAUUUUCAACAAGCCUUGAAAUUUGCCAACGAACUGAACGACGGAGAGAAAGAAUCCGAGGGAAACAUUGAGUUAGGUACUGCCUAUAUAUGGGACAAUCAGAUUCAAACAGCAAUAGAAUACUAUGAAAAAGCCUUGGAAAUCGCAAAAGAACAAGGAUAUGAACUAGAGGAAACACGCGCGUACCUUGGGUUAGGAGAUGCCUAUAGAUUGAACAAUCAGUUUCAAAUGGCAAUUAAAUACUAUAAGCAAGCCUUGAAAACUGCAAAAGAACGAAAAGAUCAAGAUCAGGAAACUACGGCAUACCUUGGGUUAGGAGUUGUUUAUAGAUUGAACAAUCAAUUUCAAACGGCAAUUAAAUAUUAUGAGCAAGCCUCGGAAAUUGCAAAAGAACGAGAAGAUCAAGAUCAGGAAACAAGGGCAUACCUUGGGCUAGGCGUUGUCUAUAGAUUGAGCAAUCAGUCUCAAACGGCAAUUAAAUACUAUGAGCAAGCCUUGGAAAUUGCAAAAGGACAAAAAGACCAAGAUCGGGAGACAACGGCAUACCUUGGGUUAGCAGAUGUAUACAGAUUGAUCAAUCAGUUUCAAACAGCAAUUAAAUAUUACAAACAAGCCUUGGAAAUUGCAAAAGAACGAAAAGAUCAAGAUCAGGAGACAAAGGCAUACCUUGGGUUAGGAGUUGUUCAUAGAUUGAAAAAUCCGUUUAAAACGGCAAUUAAAUAUUAUGAGCGAGCCUUGGAAAUUGCAAAAGAACGAAAAGAUCAAGAUCAGGAGACAACGGCAUACCUUGGGUUAGCGGAUGUUUAUAGAUUGAACAAUCAGUUUCAAACGGCAAUUAAAUACUAUGAGCAAGCCUUGGAAGUUUCGAAAGAAAGAAAAGUUCAAGAUCAGGAGACAAAGGUAUACUUAGGGUUAGCAGAUGCCUAUAGAUUGAACAACCAGUUUCAAACAGCAAUUAAAUACUAUGAGCAAGCCUUGGAAAUUGAAAAAAAACAAAAAUAUCAAGAUCAGGAGACAACGACAUACCUUGGGUUAGCAGAUGCUUAUAGAUUAAACAACCAGUUUCAAACGACAAUCAAAUACUAUGAGCAAGCCUUGGAAAUUGCAAAAGAGCGAAAAGAUCAAUAUCAGGAGACAACGGCAUACUUAGGGUUAGCGGACGUUUCUAGAUUGAUCAAUCAGUCUCAAACGGCAAUUAAAUACUAUGAGCAAUCCUUGGAAAUUUCAAAAGAACUAAAAGAUCAAGAUCAAGAGACAACGGCAUACCUUGGGUUAGGAGUUGUUUACAGAUGGAAGAAUCAGUUUGAAACGGCAAUUAAAUACUAUGAGCAAGCCUUGGGAAUUGAAAAAGAACGAAAAGACCAAGCUCACGAGACAACGGCAUACCUUGGGUUAGCAGAUGUUUAUAGAUUGAUCAAUCAGUUUCAAACGGCAAUUAAAUAUUACAAACAAGCCUUGACAAUUGCAAAAGAAUGCAAACGUCAAGAUCAGGAGGCAACGGCAUACCUUGGGUUAGGAGAUACUUGUGGAUUGGACAAUCAGUUUGAAACGGCAAUUAAAUACCAUGAGCAAGCCUUGGAAAUUGCAAAAGAACGAAAAGAUCAAGAUCAGGAGACAACGGCGUACCUUGGGUUAGCGGGUGUUUCUAGAUUGAACAAUCAGUUUCAAAUGGCAAUUAAAUACUAUGAGCAUGCCUUGGAAGUUUCAAAAGAAAGAAAAGAUAAAGAUCAGGAGACAAAGGUAAACCUUGCGUUAGCAUAUGCUUAUAGAUUGAACAACCAGUUUCAAACGGCAAUUAAAUACUAUGAGCAAGCCUUGGAAAUUGCAAAAGAACGAAAACGUCAAGAUCAGGAGAUAACGGCAUACCUUGGGUUAGGAGAUGCUUGUGGAUUGAACAACCAGUUUCAAACGGCAAUUAAAUACUACGAGAAAGCCCUGGAAAUUGCAAAAGAACAAAAAGUCCAAGAUCAGGAGACAACGACAUACCUUGGGUUAGCAGUUGUUUAUAGAUUGAUCAAUCAGUUUCAAACGGCAGUUAAAUAUUACAAAAAAGCCUUGAAAAUUGCAAAAGAACGCAAACGUCGAGAUCAGGAGACAACGGCAUACCUUGGGUUAGCAGAUAUUUAUAGAUUGAUCAAUCAGUUUCAAACGGCAAUUAAAUACUACAAACAAGCCUUGAAAAUUGCAAAAGAACGCAAACGUCAAGAUCAGGAGACAACGGCAUACCUUGGGUUAGGAGAUGCUUGUGGAUUGAAUAAUCAGUUGCAAACGGCAAUUAAAUACUACGAGCAAGCCUUGAAAAUUGCGAAAGAACGAAAAGAUCAAGAUCAGGAGACAACAGCAUACCUUGAGUUAGGAGUUGUUUAUAGAUUGAUCAAUCAAUUUCAAACGGCAAUUAAAUACUUUGAACAAGCCUUGGAAAUUGCAAAAUAA